CUUGUGUGAUUCGUCAAAAGAGUGAAAAAAAAAAUAACCCAGAAGAAAUCAACAAAAGAAUAUGUAAAGUGAAAUUAAACUAAAAAAAAAGAGCAAUUCAGCAUGAACAGCGAUGGCGGUGAAAAAAACUGAGUACGUUGAUAACAGUGUGUGAUAAGGCGAUAAGAUAUUAUAUUCGCUAUCGUAUCUCAACCCAAACGAAGUGUUUUGCAAAUUGCAAUAGAACAAUUCGACAAAAAAAAAAGUUCAAACAAAUGUGACACGGAACUACCCAUGUUAUAAAUUUCAGAUUAAAUUGGACGCAGUGUGUACUGGUCUUCGGCUGCUUCUUCUUCUUUUUCGCAUAGCGGUACUCCAACUAUAGAAGUAGUGUGUGCGAACGAAAACAAAAGUCAUUCGGUGUACGGUGUACGGUGUCUGGUGUAUUUCUCAAAUUCAGUCAAUAAGCAGUUUGCCAUUUUCGUGGAAUGAUGUAUGAUGUUUGGACGCUAUUAUGGCUACUUGUCUGUUUGACCAUUCUCAUAUCGAUUUUAGAAUCGAUCUAUCGCAGAAUAAAAGAGCGUCAACUUCGACAGCAAGAGGUGGAUUUACAACGACAAAUUCAGGCUCAACAGUAUCAUGUGUACACAGUGCAACCGUUGGCUAAUCCAUUGCAACGAAAUUCACUGACACCUAGUUCGGUUCUAUCACAACAACAACAAGAGUUCAUUCAUCAGCAGCAAGAAUUGAAAGCUGCCAAUGAUUUGCCGCCGAAAUAUGAAGAUGUUGUAGGGGAUUUAAGCUACCGCAUACCCAUUGAAUACACAAUGCCAUCAUCGUCCGCACAAAGAUCUUAUGAUACACCGCCAACCGAAGGCCCAUUAGUUCGGUUUUAAACGAUCGCACAUCAAUUCCAUGUUAUAUAAAAUGGAGUUGUGUAAAUUUAUGGUUCCUCAAUGUGUUUAAUUUUUCACAAAAUUAUACGAUAAGAUAAAAAAAAACAUGUCACUUGUGCCAAUAUACUAAUAAUUAACGAAAAAAACAACCCAA